AUGUGGUUCUACUAUGCUGCAUAUUUAACCAUCACUCUUUCCACUUUUACUGUGAUUCUACAGUUAGCUUAUAUGCCCAUCAUUGUGAAAAGAGUAGAAAAUUCUCGCGAUGUUGUUCUGCAGACAAUAAAAGGAUUCAGGGUCUUGGAAAAAGACAUAACAAAACUGAUGAAUACUUCCGAACAAAGCAGAGAGAAAAGGGCAAUAAGUUGUGCGCCAGCAAGACGUGGACCACCAGGAGUACCUGGAAAAGAUGGUCCACAAGGUGCUGAUGGUCCGAAUGGCAAACGUGGAAUAGAUGCACGAGACAUUUUAGCCGAACAACAGGAAAGGUGCAUAAUAUGUCCAGCAGGGGAAAUGGGACCAGAGGGUCCACCGGGAGACCGGGGAAUACAAGGAGAGAAAGGGAAUAAAGGAUCACCGGGCAUUCCAGCCGUGGAUGGAGUCGAUGGAGAAAUGGGUCCUGAGGGCGAUGUUGGACCAGCUGGCCAUCCAGGAAAUCCUGGAAGACGCGGCGCAGCCGGCCGACCCGCCGAAGGUGGCAUAGGAAACCCUGGUCCGAAAGGAGCAGACGGACCUGUUGGGCGAGCUGGAGCACAGGGACCGCGAGGAAAGAGAAAUUACAUCUAUGGACCUCCUGGACCACCGGGACAACCGGGACCAAAUGGCUUGGAUGGAAUAAAUGGCAACGUUGGCGAUAGAGGGCCAAAAGGCCCGCCUGGCGAAAAGGGUGCUGAUGCGAAGUUCUGCCCAUGUCCUAUGGAGUUACAUAUGGUCAGCGAAUCGGUGAGUAAUGAAAAUUAG